UGCCUCUAUAAGAAGAGCCUUUCGUUUUUUAUGUGUCCAUCCCAUUCAUGACCCAAAUGUACCAAGUCCAUCCACUAAACACCCGUGUUACACUUGGACUUUCACUCCCUCUCUUUCUCUCUCUUUCCCUAACAAUCACAUUCACAUCCAACAGAGAAGAAGAGAUCUUGUUUCCAUAAGUGUGUAUCAUCUUCUUCCUAAAAUCAGCAUUUUGUUCAAAUGGAGAAAGAAAUUAUUGAUUACACGCUGGUCCCGUUAGGUCUAGCUGUAAUGGUUGCUUAUCACUCAUGGCUUCUCUACCGAAUCCUUAACAAACCCUCCAAGACUGUUAUUGGCGUUAAUACCAUCAAUCGGCGCUUCUGGGUUCGCGCUAUGAUGGAGGACCCCUCCAAGAAUGGAGUUCUUGCAGUCCAGACUCUGCGUAACAACAUAAUGGCGUCGACCCUUUUGGCCUCUACGGCAAUUAUGCUCAGCUCCCUUAUUGCAGUGCUAAUGACAAGCGGAUACGCUAAUCGAUCUACUUGGAAUUUUGUUUAUGGGGACACGAGUGAACUGGGUUUGUCCAUUAAGUUCUUUUCUAUAUUGGUGUGCUUCUUGGUUGCCUUCUUGUUCAACGUCCAAUCAAUAAGGUAUUAUAGCCAUGCAAGUAUCCUUAUCAACGUUCCCUUCAGGAAGAUGCCCUCUUUCCACAACAACCACCAUCUCACGGCGGAAUAUGUGUCCAGGUCUGUAAAUCGGGGUAGCUAUUUUUGGUCCUUAGGAUUGCGUGCUUUCUACUUCUCUUUCCCUCUCUUUUUAUGGAUCUUUGGGCCAAUACCUAUGUUUUUGUGUUGUUUGGUCCUUGUGCUCAUGCUCUAUUUUCUUGAUGUAACCUUUGAAUGUGGCUGGGCUGUUGCCAUUUCGGACUGUGAUCACAAUUAUGAUGAACUUGAGAAUCAAAGUCCAACUUCAUAUGCAUAGCUGAAUGCAUAGUUAUUAGCAAGUCAAGUCUACUGACUAUGUAAAGAAAGCUACUUCACAUACAAUUCAAUGCAAAAGUUGAAUUGAAUUGAACUGAUUGCUUAUUUGUCCUAA